GCCGAUCUCGAUUCGGAGGCUUGACUCCAUUGUUGGGGCUGAGAGCAAUGGCGUGGGUCAGCAUAGCAAGCACACACGCCAUGUUGGCCUGCAUUGGAGCGCCGCUGAUCUUGCUAUUAACCCUGCCGGUGGGCGGGGUGCCCUGCCCGGAUCCCUGCCACUGCACGCCACUGAGCCCCGGGGGGUUGAAGGUUGACUGUAGCCGGCUGGGGCUGAGGGAGGUGCCCGCCCUGCCCGAGAACACCAGCGAGCUUUACCUGCAGUCCAACAGGCUGACAGCCGUGGCCCCGGGCACCUUUGACAAGCCGAGGGAUCUGCGCAGGGUGGAGCUGUCCAAUAACCCCUGGGUGUGUGACUGCCAGAUCGCUUAUCUCAGGCAGUGGCUGAGGGGGCAGGAACUCCGGAUGGAGCGAAAGAUCCGCUGCUCGUCCCCGGCCUCCGCCAAGGGCAAGCGAGUGUCACGGGUCACGGAGGAGCAGUCCAGCUGCCGGGGCUGGUGGUCCGUCCAGUGUCAGCACUUCAUCAGGGUAGACGUCUUGCUCUCCGUGGCCGCUCUCCUCACUCUCUGUCUCUCCGCCUGCGCCAUCUACAUUGCCAAGCACCUGAGCUUCCGGGUUCGCCUGACCAACCCCAACACACUCCAGCCACCUCCGGACCACCCCAGGGCACGGCACUGGAAAUCCCUGUGAGAGAGACCACCCCCGCCCCACACACACACGCACACUAACAUACACACACACACACACUAACACACACACCAACACACGCGCACACUUACACACACGGACACUUAUACAGACGCAGGGUUUCACUAGCGUUGGGGCUAUCAUGUGCAGGCGGUGUGCAAGCUCUGUGCAAACUGUGUGUAAACCUAUGUAUGAACCGAGUGUAAACGGUGAGAAUCAGGUGUGUAAACUGUGUGUCUUUUACUAAAUUGUCACGUUGGUCUCACGCUAUGCACAGUUUUGCCCUGUAAUGUCUAAUAUCCGAUUAAUAAAACCAUGAACACGGAAA